CGCAAGGCACGGUGGGCCUGCUGGCCCCGCCCCCUCCGCUCUCUAUUGGUCGUCGCGCCGGCACGCGGCCCGCCGGGAAAGGGGGCCCGGAAGCGGGCAGGGGGCGGCGGUUCCCAUGGUAACCGCGGACGGCGCCGGCGGCCGCCAUGUCCUUCAAGCGGGAGGGAGACGACCCCGGCCAGCUCGGCGUGCUGCAGAAACGACGCGUUGCAGAUCUGCUCGCCAACUACAUCCCUGAGGACGAGGCGCUGCUGCUGAGGAGCGGGAGGUACACCUGCACCGUGUGCGCCCACCGCCCCAUCUUCGACACGCUGGACGUGCUGGCGGUCCACAGGACCGGCAAGAAACACAUCGCCAGCCUGCAGAGCUUCUACGGCAGGAAGCGCUCGCUUGAGAAUGAGGUGCAGAAGCGACAGCACGAGGAAUUCGUGCGGGCGGAGGAGGCGGGCACGCAGGGCUCCCCGGCCCCUUUGCUGGUGCGAACGAAGAAGAUAGCCCAGAGCGCUCUGCUGAAAGCUGCUCCCUACAGCAGCCGCCACCGGAGGAUGGGGGCGGACAGAAACAGCUCGAGAGUGGGUACGACCCGGAUAGAGCCAAGCGCUGCCCCUGCGUGCGUCGCUGCGAUGGUGCCUCUGGAGCCCGGGGUCUCCUCGCAGAGGGACAGGGAGGCUGUGGACACCACCUCGGCGGCCCUGCUGCCAGGCCACUGCAGCAGGCAAGCAGACACACCAAAGGCAGCUGCUGCCCAGACCCAGCGAGGUGGCAAAGGAAAAGCCUCGCCGUCGCCUGCCAGCCAGCCUGAAGCCCUCAGCCCCAAGAGGUGCCAGGCCCUGCAGCGGUACCUGCAGCUCCGGAGCGCCGGCUGGAUCCAGGACCGCUCCGGCAAGUGGGUGAAGGACGAGAACGCCGAGUUCGACUCCGACGAGGAUGAGCCGCCGGUGCUGCUGCCGGCCUGAGGCUCCUGUGUGUCCUGCCUGUCCCCACGGGGAUGGCACCGCGGGGACACCCCCAAGCUCCACAUUAAUAGAGGCAGCUGGAGGUGAA